GCCUCUGCACUCUGCACUGCAGUACUGAACUACCACACCGUUGGCAUUUUCAUCUCCUUCGGAUUAUUUUUCUAGUGCUGAUAGCGAUCUAUGCGAGCUUGAUGCUGAACAUUUCAAGCGUUAUUUUCGAAAGAGUUGCUUGCCUUCAUCAAUUUCGCUCUGUACCUGAGCCACAACGGAUGAACGGCUUGUACGUGGCAGUACGUAUUAUUGCGUGAGAUAAGACAUCUCUUUGAUCCUAAGAAGUUAUGCAGUAACUCGAUGUCGAUCGUGAUCAGUCCGCAGUGCGAGUGAACUGUGGUCACGCGGACAGGCAGGAGUGUGAACAAUGGCAGACAGGGUGCGCUAUAACAUAGCCUUCCUACUUUCCAAUCUAGAUGCAUCCUUGAUCUUGGAACUCUUGCUGGAGAAUGAUGUGCUGGACGUUGAUGAAUAUGAUACUGCCUCUAGCAAGGAAAACGUGAAGUCUGAUCUGACAAAGUACGUGGUGAGGCUGAUGCUGAAGAAAACAGAGGAACAGGUCGACACGUUCCUGAGGCUCAUUCAGCACAGCCAGCCUCAUGUAGCGGAACAUGUCGCCAGUACCAUGGCAAAGCGACGCGAUCCAACUGCCAGUGGAAAAACUGACCAUCCGACGAAGCCAAUGUCGGCAGAUCAUGAGCCAGCACUUGGUUCGUCCUCCGCACUGCCAGAGUGGGUGAACUUCCGCACCAUCAGCAACAUUGAUCGAAUGGAGAGGCUAAAACGCAUCCGGGACAUCGUGGCCGAAUCCUCCAAACGUGUGCAUGAUGUUGGAUGCUACCUUCUGGAUAAGGAAUUCCCGGACAGUCCAAAAGCGGCGAUCACGAAUGAAGCCCAUCCGGAGACGAGCCCAUUUAGUUUGUUCGACGCAAUGACAAAGCUAUGGAUCGAGAAAUACGACAUACCGAGCGGCAGAGACAUGCAUAUAGCCGUUCAGAAUGCGGUUGGGCCUGGAUUGGCGGAGAACAUCAAGGAAUUCUGCCUCAACUCCGAUGCUACCAUGAUGAUACCUGGACAACAGAAAACGCAACAAUCAGUCUACACAGAGGGAGGUAGUGAGACUGAUCAACAGCUGUCCUCCAGCAGACAUACAGCAACACACAAACAAGCAACAUCAGCUUUAGCAACAACCAGUGCAACUAGUAUGGGUACAUCAAGGAGUACUAGACCAACUACAGCUCAGGUUUCAAAAACAUCAUCACAUUCAAGCAACUCAUCUCUACCAGACCUGGACGAACACUUCACUGGCAGGGAUGACAUUGUUACAAAGAUCAGUCACAACAUUCUCACAACAAAGUCCAAGUCAUCAUCUACACGAGUGAAGAGUCUUGUGGCACCACCUGGUUUUGGUAAGACGUCCGUAGCCAUUGCCGUUGGACAUGUAUGUCGCAAUGCUGGUUGUCGUGUGGAGUUCUUUGACUUACGCGGUGUAGCUGGUGUUGACGCUGUCCAGGCAAUGAUUCAAAACCGACUCGAAACAAACCCGGCUUUAUCUGGAACUACUGGCAAAGCAACGAAAUCAACUGAUGCCAUGGAUGAUGAUGGUGGCAAACAUCACAUGUUAUGUAUCCUAGACAAUGCCGAGGAUGCUAUCCAGGCUGGUGCUGAUAAAGAUUUCCAACUACAAGAUGUCAUCCAACGACUACUAGGACUACAACACAACGUUCAUAUCCUACUGACAAGUCGUGUUUACUUUGACCUACACGCUGCCCAGUUUAAACUACAACAACACCGUCUUGUUGGUCUGACAAAGGUUUGUGCUGUUGGUCUUCUCCGUGGUCUAUGUGUUGAAGGUAGUGUGAGCAUUGAAGAUGCACGGAGGUUAGUGGAUCAUUGUGGAAAUGUUCCACUUGCUGUACGCAUUACAGCUGGUCUUCUACAAGGUGGCCGAAAAACUCCAACCAUGUUGUUAUCGCUAUUUCAGGAACUUGGUCUAGAUGUGUUCAACGACGAUCGUCACUCGGGUCUGAAACCGAAUCAUCGAAUCCUGAAGCUGUUGGAAUUAGCAUACAACACAUUACAGCAGGAUGACAAGGAAUCAUUCCAUGCUCUCUCUCAGCUGCGUUCAUCGUUCACAUCUGAUUGCGCUUGUGUGAUGGUGGGUUUGCCUGCAACUGAUGCCAAUGUGGUUCAUCUUGUACGUUUUGAUCCUUUGAUCAAGAUUUGUUUCCUGGAUUACAAUGCGUAUUUGAAACGCUACUCUUUGCAACCAUUCGUCGCCGAGUUUGGCCGUUACAAAUGCCCUGAAGACAAGCAACGCAUGUACCAACAGCGAAUGUGCAAGCAUUUCCUUGGCUUUGUGAAUGAUGUUGAUCAUCGUAGAGGUUGUGGUGCAGAGAAAGCAAUGUAUUGGAGUCAUCAACUGCUUCAGGAAGCCGUGAACAUCAAGAAUGCGUUGUCGGUUGUUGAUCUGCUCUCUGAUGAUGAACUUCUUCCUUUCUCUAGAUUAGCAACGUGUAUUGGUUUGUUUGCAGCUUUGUUUGGGAAAUCAACAGUUGCUGCAGCGUUUGCUGAAAGGUUUCAAAGAUUGGACAAUGCACCGCUCUCCGUUCAAGUUGACGGUCUUUGUGCCUCGGUCUUGUGUAGGUUUACCAGUGCAGGCAAAGCAGCGGGUUCUGACACCAAUUUUGACGAUUUGGAGCUCAAAGCCCAAACACUUCUUCAGAAAUGCAACAAGGAACCGACAGGAGAGCAAUCACAGCUGCAGCUGAUUUUGAUCCAACUUUCAUUGGAGUCAUGCAGAACACACAUAUCUCGGACCAUGGGCAGCGUGGAAGGACAAGCUGAGCUCAGCCAGGAAACACUAUCCCGUCUUCAGGUGGUGUACCAGCGUGUUACAACAACACUGGGAAUUGGUCUUGCAACAGGUGUCACUGAAUGUGCCCUGAAACUCAUUCAACUGUAUUGUUCCACUCUGCUAAACAAGGAUAUACCCAAUGUACAGGUGGUAGAAGACCUUGCUGAGAGAGUAAUCUCAUCAUACUUCCUAUCACAGGAUGGUGCAGUCCUUUCAUGUGCUGGAAUGUACAACUUUCUGCUACAAUGCAUUGUUGUGAUCCUGGGCAAGGUCAUGUCAGGUUCCUGUAGCAGUGAGUGGAUUAUUUCACCAUCAUUGAUUACAACACUGGGUAUACCACGGUGCGAGUGGAAACAUGUACCAACUGCUGUCAGGCGCUCGCUCAAUGUCAAUGACGACUAUACCACUGUGUCUGCUCUUCGGAUACAACACUACCUGUACUGCAUGGAUGAUGACACAGUGUCCACACUACUGGACAUGUACUUGGAUUAUAUGUACAACAUCCAGUACAGUUCCUUGGUAGUUAAUGGAAGGGCACACACAACUCCAACGGGUCUCACUCUACCAGCACAGCGUCCCUACAACAUUGUGAUGGACUAUGUCAGGAGAUGGUGUAAUGGCUCAAAUCCAGCAGAUCACACAACAGCACUGAUUAACAACUGUAGCCAGAACAAGAUACCUGAUGUGGAAGUGAUGCAGUCUUGUAUACUGAUGGCUAGAGUACUGCAGACGUUUGAGAAUACAGUCUUUGCAACUGUCGAUAUUUCCAAACUCUUCCCAGCAUUGAAGUCAUUGGUUAAUGAUCUCAGUGCUUACCUGCCGAGCAAUUGUGCAACUGGUCUCUCAGUGUCUGGAAUUGUGUACUUACCACCAACAACUGGGGACAGUCCUCUACUAUACAUCUCUCUCAUUGCUGCCCUGCAUCAUCAAUCCAAGAGAGGUCAAGUCAGCACUGAUCACCACAUUGCACUGCGGGAAUGGUGUCCACGUGUAGCAGCAUGUUUUGUCUGCUAUGACCUGGACAACAUCACAGCAUGUCCUCGUUGUGGCAUGGCUUACCUGUGUGGCAAACAUCGUCAAACUGAUGAACACCAAAGUGAACACAACCAACACUGUGCUAUGCUGGCAGCACUCAGACGUCGCAGACUGCAGGCUAGCUGAGCUUCUGAAGGUCUCUACUGGAUAGUGUUUAGCAGUUGAGAUUGGUGAAAGUGACCAGCACUGGACAGGAAUCAUUUCCAGCAGCUACUGCAGUAAGAGAUACUCCAACAGCACACUACCUGUCAUUGAUCACAACACUGUGACAUCACUUGUAUAGACAUGAUGUAUACAGAUUGUCUAUGACACACACAGUGUUGUGUUAGUAUGUAUAAUGAUCAACUGAACUACAUGUACUGUCUAGUCCAGUCUACUACAGUAUCAGUUUUACUGAAGGUUAGAUCAUACGGUGUAUGCUUCAUUGCCAAACAAAGUCUCCUACGCACUCACUGCAAGUAUUCGAAGUCCACUGUCCUUGGUAUCCGUUCUUGUUGCGUCUGCACUGGCAGUGGAUUUCUUUCUCAACCCACACACUCACCCAUCCACCCAUCCAUUCCACUUUUGUGAUCAUCACCGUUAUUUGUUCAUAUUGAAGAAAGUUGAGACUUGACUUUUCACACAGUCAUGUAUGUAUGUACCAGUACCUGCCUACACAUGUGUUCAUGCAUAACUACCAGAUAUUGAUAUGAUCAAUGCUUGCUAACACUGUGCAGCUCCCCAAGCUGAAUCCAAGGCAUGUGCCUACACUCUAGCAGCAUGCGUGCAUCUACAUUUUGCACAUGCGUAAAAUUAUAUUUUUCUCUGGCUUGCAGUGUCCCUCGUUCUCUGGCUCUUGCGCAGAUGCUGUUGUCCCCAGCUCACGGCAAUAUUUGUAACGCUGUCACACUCGUAUCGGAGCCCCAGCCAACCAUUUUGACUUUCGUUGGCUAUUUGUUACCCAUACUGGAAAUCAGGAAUAUAAUGAAUACUGUAAUGUCGCGUAUAAUAGCAGGUGCGUACGGCCGUAUAAGCCGGGGUUCAAGCCAUGCUUCUAUUCAAGUUAUGCUUACAUUCGAAACAUGCUUCUACGUCAACAUCUUCAGUUUACACUGUGCAGUGCACAUUGUCACGCACCUGUGUGUAGUGUGCAAGUACAUGAUACAUGCAUGCUUUUAUUCAAAUCAUGCUUCUGUGUCAUGGAACGCUUCGUAAAAUCGGCUUCUGUUCGAGUCAUGCUUUUAUACGCCGCGACACUACAGUAUAAACAGCUCGCAUAUUGCUCAGAAUUGAGCUCUAUGCAUCGGUGAGUGAAAAGGUUCCAUUUGCCAAAAAUGUUGUAUGCAAAAAAUUCCGUACAUUCCACCUAAAACUUACUCACAUGCAAAAUAUUCAGGAGCAAACUGCUACCCUACUACCCGCUCUUAUUACGUGUAACACCCGUACCCUACUACCCGAAGACUCUCCUAUUUAAAAUGAUUCAAGUUUUGCGCCUCCUAGGCAUACAAAAUA